AUGGAUUUGAUUCAAAACAACCGCGAGCAAGCUGACAAGCGGAAGGAGAGAAGGGGCGGGGGGUGUGGCCACGGCGAGGUAGAAAAAGAAUACAGACCGGCCAAGGUUGAACUGUGGGUUCUGAUGGGCGAGCAGGGGUAUGUCUUGCCGUGCCCGGGUCUUUUUUUUGGUCAUCCACUUCCGGAUUGUCAGUCCGCUUGGACCCAAAUGUAA